AUGAACGGCACCAAACCAGGCCCAUCCGUGGCCGUUUUGGCUGCCAUGUCCACGGAGGAGAGGAUGGCGGGCAUGGAACAUUCCGAAGUCCGCUAUUUCACGAGCUACGACCAUCACGGCAUUCAUGAGGAAAUGCUGAAAGACGAGGUUCGCACCCGAUCCUAUCGCGACGCCAUCUACCAGAACCAACACCUCUUCAAAGACAAAGUUGUUCUCGAUGUUGGAUGUGGGACAGGCAUUCUGAGCAUGUUUGCGGCACGGGCUGGGGCUAGACAUGUGAUUGGAGUCGACAUGUCCAGUAUCAUCAAUAAAGCCAAAUUGAUCGUGGAGGCCAAUGGAUUGUCCAACAAGAUCACACUUUUGCAAGGCAAGAUGGAAGAGGUGGAGCUGCCGGAACAACAUCUCUCGGGAGGAAAGGUCGACAUCAUCAUAUCUGAAUGGAUGGGUUACUUUCUUCUCUACGAAAGUAUGCUUGAUACAGUCCUCUGCGCGCGAGACAAGUAUUUGAAAGAGGGAGGCAAAAUCUUCCCGGACAAAGCCACCAUCUAUAUGGCAGCCAUUGAGGAUGGAGAGUACAAAGACGACAAGAUUGGAUUCUGGGAUAACGUUUACGGCUUUGACUUCACUCCGAUGAAGGAAAGUGCCCUGAGCGAACCUUUAGUCGAUACGGUCGAGCUCAAGGCUCUGGUCACCGACCCAUGUCCCGUGUUCACCAUUGAUAUCAAUACCGUCACCGCACCUCAGUUGGCAUUUUCGGAGCCAUUCCAACUUCGAUGUCAAAGAAACGACUUCAUUCACGCCCUCAUCGCAUGGUUCGAUAUUGACUUCACCGCAUGCCAUAAACCGAUCCGAUUUUCAACGGGUCCUCACACAAAGUAUACCCAUUGGAAGCAGACUGUCUUCUACCUCCGAGAAGUUCUUACCGUGGAGGAAGGUGAAGUGGUGCAAGGCUAUCUCUCCAACAAACCCAACAGCAAGAACCGCCGAGACUUGGAUAUCAAGAUCGACUAUGAACUCGACACGUCAGACCCGUCCCGUUUCGCUGCGGGAUCAUGCGAAUACAGAAUGUAA